UGGUGGCAGGGCUUAGAGCAAGACAUUACAAGCAGAAUAUCAGCAGGUUCCAGAUAUACAGUUUCUGCUUGUGUUGGAGCCUCUGAAAAUAUGUUUCCAAGGAGAGUUGGGGCAUGCUGGAAGGUUCAUUUUCCUUGUCAACAGUGCCUAAUGAAGUUAUAUUUUAUCUUGAGGGACCUCCACCUGGGGUUCAGCUUCUUAUCAAAUCAGUAGUGAUGUUAUGUUUCAGUUCUACUGCUUCUAAUGAAUCCAAGGAGAAAAUGGAGAAGGCACCAAUGAUCACUGCCAACAAUUACUUUGAUUCUCAGAUGUGAACGUGGCUUUGCUAGUUUCUAAUUCUUGAAUAUGUUAAAAAAUUUCUGAAUUCAAGGGGUUAUGGAAGCGGUUAUGUCAGUACAAACUAGAAUUUUCUUGGCACUAGCCAUAAGCUGAAUAUUAAAAUACGAUAAGUUUUUCUUACAAAUCCUGAGGAAAAUGAAAUCACUCAGUGUCCAUGGAAAAUUAAAACUGUAAGCAUGGCAGUUGUUUUAUAACUUGUUAGGAAACCCUAGCAGUGUAAGUGUUUGUGAGGAAGAAGUGGAUUGGGAGAAACAAAGAAGCUUCACAUGCAUGCAAUGCUUCCUGAAUUGUUUAGGUGUAGGGUGAGAAUGGUGGUAUACACAGCUUUCCCCUAGCAUAUUUACUAAAGACCUGUUUCCAUGCCUCAAACCUGUGGUCUACAUGUCACUAUAAGAGCAACUCUACUAUUGCACCAAAAGUUGCCGUCAAAAGUAGAUAAGCUUUUGGUAAAAAUCCUCCAUACUUGUAUCUUGUGUAAUUUGAUAUGAAGUAGGAGCAAUUUUUAUUUUUAUUUUGCGUCUGACAUUGUACUAUGGCUCAGUUAGAAGUUCUUCUUGAGCAUCAACUCUGCACCUUCUGAAGCAAUUGAAACUGUUAAAUACUACCUGAUCAUAAUUAGAGUUUGCUGCUGUCGGGUUUUUUUCAUGCUCAUCAAUCAUACAUGUAAUAUUUCCUGUCAGAGUUCAAAGAAAGAUGGGAAAGAUGCUGGGAACAUCAUCCUUAACCAUGACUUUUCAUAUGGGUUGUACUUGUGGCACCGAAAUUGCUGUGAUGCUUUUGUGGUUCCAGCAGGUUACCAUGAAGGAUUAGCAGCUGCUAUUGUAACAAAUCGUAAAGAAUGUUGGCAUGGUUUGGAGCAAGACAUUACAAGCAGAGUAUCAGCAGGUUGCACUUAUACAGUUUCUGCUUGUAUUGGAGCCUCCGGUACUUUACAAAAUUCUGUUGAAGUCCUCGCCACGUUAAAACUAGUGUAUCAAAAUUCAGAAACAUGCUAUCUAUUCAUUGCAAAAAAAUCUGCUUUGAAGGAGUGUUGGGAGAUAUUAGAAGGUUCAUUUUCUCUGUCAACUAUGCCUGAUCAAGUUAUAUUCUAUCUCCAGGGACCUCCAUCUGGAACUGACCUACUCAUAAAGUCAGUAGUGAUCUCAUGUCCCAGUUCUACUGCUUGCGAUAGUUCUGGCGCAUGAUCCGUUUGUACUGUUGAUAGUAAACCCUCAAUUUGAUGAUGUCCUCAAAUGAUAACAUCAUCCGUUUCUAUUUCAUUUUUCAUCUCUUUUAAGAUGCUGAUUUUGGUGUUAAUAUAAUCACAAAUGCUAGUCUAAAUGAUGACACA